AUGGCGCUGGUACAUCUAGCGUCCUACUGUCCUCCCUUAAUGCCACUAUACAUCUCCUGGACCAAGUGCUAUGACAUGCAACGAAUGGUGACAGCAGCGCAGCAGAGGAACAGCGACGAGGACGAAGGUGCAUGCCGAGGAGCGAAGACGGAGAAGACUCGAAGAAUGGAUGCCUUUGAAAUCCCACGUUUUGGAGUGUUCUUCCUAACAUGGACGUGUUUGGAAGAACCUGGCCGCUCAAACUUGGCCUGA